AUGUCCGCGACGCUGGCGGAUCCGUAUCGAGAGUAUGCUAUUGAUUAUUCUCAACAUGCUACCUGCAAACCUGAGGAACACGCAGGCACGCUUGUUUACCACGCACAGCAGCCGCAUCUCCAGCAUCACAAGCAGUCCGAGCCUCCAUUCUCUCAGGGGGCCUCUCAUAGCACGACGGCAUUUGAGCAACAUCAUGCGAACGCGACCGUGUUGUCAACAGCCACUCCGCAACAAACAGUCCAUGAUAUCUCGCAAAGCGUUGUCCUUGGCCCGCCCCAAAUGCUCCCACGACACCUUCCAGUGCAGUAUCCACCUGCCAGCUUCGAAAUCCCGCCUAUUCAGCGCGAGAAGAAACGCCCUCAUUCGGAGACCGAAGAGGAUGGGAACCCCGACCAUGGCCUGCGGCCACAGCUAUCAGUCCUCUCAGCCGAUGCCCCUCACGAACCCUCGCAUUCUCCCGAGAUGCUCUUCGGUGUCCAUGGCACAUCAUCUCAGCAGCAUCCCAUGUCAAACCAUGGAUUCGGACCCACGGACUCUGUGGCCCUGCCGCAACAUCACCAUCACCAUCGACUCCCGCCCCAUGCAGCGCUGCGCGCCCCGGGGCGUCAUGGAGUGAAUGUGGAAUCGCCUCCUUUGCCCUCGGGUCCGCCGAGUGUGCUGAAGGAAAACAAAAACCUGACAUGGAAGCAAAUUGCAGACUUCUUCCCGGGCCGAACGAGCGGCACCUUGCAAGUCCGAUACUGCACCAAGCUGAAGGCCAAGGAUGUGGCUUGGAGUGACGAAAUGGUACAAAGGCUGCAACGGGCAAUGCACGAAUACGAGAACGAUCGGUGGCGUAUCAUUGCAGGGAAGGUUGGAAAUGGCUUCACCCCAGCUGCUUGUCGCGAGAAGGCUAUGCAACUCCAGUAA